CAAGCGCGAUCAGGUCAGGUCACAGGUCAGUUCAGCCAUCAACACCGACCGAUUGGACCGACAUCGGAGCAAACCUUUCCCCUCGUUCCACGGCGGAGGACUCCCCGUCCCGAUCUCUCCGGCGUCCGGCCUCACCCAUGCAUCCUCCCGCGCCGGCCGCCUCCGUCUUCCCCAAGGACUCCCGCCCGCUCCCCUGCCUCCUCCUCACCUCCCUCCUGCUCCUCCUCCUGCUCCACCUCCUCUCCUCCUCCUCCUCCCCCACUCCCUCCGCUCCUCCGGACGCGCCCCGCCGCGCCCCGCUCCCAGCCGACGCCGACGCCGCCUCCGCCGGCCCGGCCCCGCCCGCGCUCGCAUUCCUCCUCACUGGCUCCGCGGGGGACUCCGAACGCCUCCUCCGCCUGCUCCUCGCCACCUACCACCCCCGCAACCUCUACCUCCUCCUCCUCGACCGCGCCGCCUCCGCCUCCGACCGCGCCCGCCUCGCGCGCGAGGUGCGCGCCGGCCCCGGCCGCGCCGGCAACGUCCACGUCGUCGGCGACCCAGGGUUCGCCAACCCCCGCGGCGCGUCCUCGCUCGCCGCCGCGCUGCACGGCGCUGCGCUGCUGCUGCAGGUCGGCCAGGGCUGGGACUGGUUCCUGCACCUCCACGCCGCCGACUACCCGCUCGUCGCCCCCGACGAUCUCCUGCAUGUCUUAUCAUAUCUACCAAGGGAUAUCAACUUCAUUCAGCAUACCAGUUAUGUUGGUUGGAAGGAGGCAAGACAAAUAAGACCAAUUAUUGUUGAUCCUGGUCUAUAUCUCUCCUCCAGGACCGACAUUUUCUAUGCUACUCAAAAGCGUGAGCUGCCCAGUGCUUACAAAUUGUUUACUGGCUCUUCAUCGGUUAUCCUUUCUAGGAAAUUCACCGAGUAUUGUAUCGCCGGAACAAACAAUCUGCCCAGAACAAUGCUAAUGUACCUGACUAACAUGCCCUUGCCACACCGGAAGUAUUUCCAGACAGUCCUUUGCAAUUCCCCGGAAUUCAAUAGGACUGUUGUUAACCAUGACCUACACUUUUCAACGUGGGAUGAAUCGUCGUCCAAAAAGGAGCCCCGACUGCUGUCCGUGGCUGACGCAGAAAACAUGAGUCAAAGCAGCGUAGCCUUUGCGACCGGAUUCACCAAGGAUGACCCUGUACUGGAUCACAUCGAUGAGGAAAUAUUGCAGCGACAGCCUGGAGAGCCAGCUCCAGGAGGAUGGUGCAUAGGUGGUGCUGGGGACGAUAGCAGCCCCUGUUCUGUUUCAGGCAGCACUGAUGUUCUUAGACCUGGGCCUGCGGCUAUGAAACUUGCCAAGUUGCUUGCUCAAAAGCUGGCCUAUCCUGGCUUUUAUUCUCAGCAAUGUAUAUGGGACUAGCAAUUUGUGACUGUAUAACCAGGAAACCACGAGUUAUCUCUGUGUGUGCUGUGUGGUGGUCUGGUCUUUUGAUGCGAUGAUUCCGGUAUCAUCUUCAA